AUGCGGCCGCAACGGGAAUACCACAUCGUUGUUCUGGGUGCUGGAGGUGUCGGAAAAAGUUGUUUGACUGCUCAAUUCGUGCAAAAUGUCUGGAUUGAAAGUUAUGACCCGACCAUUGAGGACUCAUACCGCAAGCAAAUUGAGGUAGAUGGUCGACAAUGUAUCCUCGAAAUUCUUGACACCGCGGGGACAGAACAAUUCACUGCCAUGAGAGAGCUUUAUAUGAAGCAAGGCCAAGGUUUCUUACUGGUCUUCUCCAUCACUAGCAUGUCCUCAUUGAAUGAACUUUCCGAACUCCGCGAACAGAUUAUCCGAAUCAAAGAUGACGAAAAAGUCCCCCUCGUGAUUGUCGGCAACAAAUCCGAUCUCGAAGACGACCGAGCUGUGCCCCGAGCACGCGCUUUCGGUCUAUCCCAGAGUUGGGGAAAUGCUCCAUACUACGAAACAUCUGCCCGCCGACGCGCGAACGUGAAUGAGGUCUUCGUUGACCUCUGCCGUCAAAUUAUUCGCAAGGACCUGCAGGGUUCAGGCUCCAGCAGCGAUUCAUCCCGCAAGCGCGAAAACUCAAAUCGCAACGAUCGCAAACGAGAUAAUAAAUCAACGCGCCGCAAGUCUCCAUGUGUCAUCCUGUAA